AUGUCUUCUUUGAAUGCCAAUCAAAAGAAGGAAAGAAAUAUACAACAACUUCGCGUUAACUUUGAAUCAAAAGAAGAAAAGGAGAAAAAAAGCAUUAGUAAGGCACUUGUAACAACAUCACGUUAG